AUGGCAUCCGAUAAAAGUUCUCGCAAAAGAAAAUUGUUGGAAGAAUUUGAUCUUAAAGUUAGCACCUUGUUCAAUAAACUGUUGGAUGGCUUGCAAGAUGAAAAUUUGGCAGAAAUCCUCAAAAAGCAUAAGUAUAGCCUGGCUAACCAGCCAGAAGUUGUUGCGAUGUUAUGUACUUGUUGUGCUGCCUCAUCUUCAACUACAGCAGCCAAACUAAAGGAGAACUCGGAAAAGAAGAAGCCAACAAAACGAUCUAAUAAACAGUCAAAUAACCAAGCAAAAAAGCUUAAAAUUGAAGAGUCUUCGAAACCAGUUGCUGCUGCUGCUGAUGAUGAUAGCAGCAGUGAUGAUGAUGAUGACAAUAAUGCCAUUCCUGCAUCUCAAGUUGUUAAUCCUGAGACGAAAAAUCUAAAAAAUAAAGUUAAAACUGCAACUAAACUUUCAGCUUCCACUGCUGCUCCUGCCACUACUAAUAAUAAAAAUGAUGUAGCCAAGGAGCCUGUUGAGACCAAGAAAAAACAAAAUGCUAAUGACGAUAGCUCGAGUGAUGAUGAUAGCAGUGAUGAGGAUGACAAAAAUAUGUCAACAGCGUCAGCAACAAAAACGGCUAAUCUGAAUAAUUCAAAAGCAGCCAAUGAAAAGAUAUCAAAGCCAGCUGCAGAUCUAAAAACAACAGCAGCUUCCAAAAAACAGGAUGUUGAUAGCUCCAGUGAUGAUUCAAGUGAUGAUGAUGAUACAGCAAAACCAACAUCAUCAUCAACAACUACUAAUACCAAAAAUCUGACAACUGCAAAAGCAAAGGAAUCAAAGCGAGCUACAGAUCUCAAAAAAACAGUGGCUUCAACAAAACAGGAUGAAAGCUCUAGUGAUGAUUCAAGUGAUGAGGAUGACAAAAAUAUGUCAACAACUAAUAUGAAUAAUUCAAUAAAAUCAGCAAAUGCAAAGACAUCAAAGCCAGCUGCGGAUCUAAAAAAAGCAGCAGUUGCAGCAAAACAAGAUGUUGAUAGCUCUAGUGAUGAGGAUUCAAGCGAUGAUGACACUGCAAAACCAGCAGCCAAUCAAUCUAGCAGUCAGGCUGUUAAUGUCGUUGCCGGCAAGUCUGCAAUUAAUGGUGGCAAUGAUAGCAGUAGCAGCAGUAGUGAUGAUGAUGAUGAUAGUGAAAAUGGUAAGAAAGUAAAUACAUCCACCCCAGCUGCCAAUGUUAGUGCAUUAGGUAAAGAUGGAGAGAAGAAAAAGGGAAAGAAACUGCAAAACAGUCCAUUCAAGAGGGUUGACCCAUCCAAGAUAAUUGUGGACGAAAGGAUGCAGGAUAAUUCAUUUGAAGCCAAGCCUGGGGCCAAGGGAUCAUGGGGUGAAAAAGCCAACGAGGACCUAAAAACGACAAAAGGAAAGUCAUUCAGGCAUGAAAAGACCAAAAAGAAGAGAGGCAGUUACAAAGGGGGGGCCAUCGAUACCGGCAUUAACUCCAUUAAAUUUGAUUAG